AUGAGGCAAGCUGAGGAAAGCAGUAUCCACUCAACGUGGAAUAUUGUGAGGUCAGUAGUCUGCAUAAUACUAAGCUUGUCAUUUAUUAUUGGGACCCCUGGAAAUUGCAUCGUCAUCUGGACUGUUUGUACGAAAAUGAAGCAAAUAUCUCCUUCAGUCCUGCUCAUCUUGAACUUGGCCAUUGCAGAUGUCCUUGUACUGAUAACUUUACCAAUCUGGAUUUACUCCUUUGCUGACUCGUGGGUUUUUGGAGUCAUCUUCUGCAAAAUACUGGUUUUCGUUAUUUACUGCAGCAUGUAUGCUAGUAUAUUUCUAAUUACAGCACUGAGCUUGGAGCGGUUGAUGGCUGUGUUUUACCCUUUCACAAUUCAACGAUACAAAACAAAAGAAAAGAUUUCUUUAAUCAUGUUCCUCAUUUGGUUCCUGUCUAUUGCUUUCGGCAUCUCUGUCGUUCCUUUUCAAGAGACAGAAGAAAUGAACGGUGGACUACUAUGCACAUGCCGCAACUACUCUUCUAAUAAACAGAAAGUAUCAUAUCUUUUGCUGGAGACUCUUGCGGGUUUCAUAAUCCCUUUUUUAAUUAUUUGCACUUGUUACAUGUGUGUUGCAAGAAGAAUAAGCAGAAUGACUUACCAAUCUAAGCGGCGAUCAGAACGGCUCAUUGCCAGCAUUGUGGUGGCAUUCAUUUUAUGCUGGUUCCCUCAUCAUCUCUUUAACAUCCUAGAUAUUAUUUCAGUUCAGAUAGAACUCUCUAAUGAGGAAAUGUCUUUGGCACUGGAUGAAAUUGUAGGCAGAGGAGUGUACAUCUCUGGAGCACUUGUAUUCAUCAGUAGCUGUAUUAACCCUCUACUUUAUGCUUUUGCUGCACGAAGAUUUCAGAAUCACCUGAGAUUUGCCAAGAUAUCAAAGCUGUUUGAACAGAUGAGUCAGACUGUAACAGAGGAAGACAAGAAAAAAAGUUUGGUUGUAGCCAAACAAGAAGAUACUUUAAUGGAAAAUCUAAAGUUAUUCAUUUCUUUCUUCGGGUUUGAAAGUAAUAAGGGUUGUUUACACAGUCAACCUCAUUUACCGAAUUACCUUGUGUUAAUAGGUUUUAACAAGUAAAAUGUGGAGUGUGAAAUGCCUCUUUGGGAG